AUGGAUUUCGCAGAACCGCUGAUUCCUUUGGCAGAGACACGCAGCGAGCAAACAGCCAGGAGAGUCGCGUGGGCGCAGGGCUUGGCCUUGACCGGCCUCCUUGUUUGCGUGGCCCAGCUUGCGGGGCUGGCCGCACCAGAGCUCGCAGGCGCCCCGCUGGUGCUUGCGAGUGGACCUGUGGGUCUCGGCGGCUACCUGGGCUCCUUGGGCACAUUCCUGAGGCAAUAUUAUGACAGCCUUGUGCCUUAUGUUUGGCUCAUCAACUACUGCGGCAUUGUCCUCUUUGUGCUGUUAUUUGUGAUGUCUUUCCUCAACCAUGCCAAGGAUUUCUCCGGAUUUGUGAAGAUGAUGGAAGCUUUUGGCCUGCCAUGCCCGGCAGUCAUGGCUCUUGGGGGCCUCUUCAGCCUCCUCGCGGGCUCCUUGUGCUACCUCACAGGCAUCCCCGUCUUAAUGGAGUGGGGUGCAGAGUUCCUGCUGAUGUUCCUGAUUGCUUCAACCUACUUCGGACACUACAAGCCCUGGAAACAGUCCAAAGACAUGAGCCACUUUAUCAUGAUUCUGAAGAAUAUCGGUCUUUCCGGUCACUGUUUGCUCACGAUUGGGUUCGAGGUGCCUGAAAUCGGCAAAGAUGGGACCCCCCUUGGCCUGCACGGAGCACUUGGAUCUGUCGGAGCUUUCAUCGGCAAGAUCUACCUUUUUUCCCGGCCUUAUUCGUUUAUCUUCAAGUACACAGGCCUUGUCCUCUUCGUGGUGCCCUUCGUACUGUCAUUUCUGAAUCAUGCGAAGGACACCAAGCAGUUUGUUGGAAUGAUCAUGGGCUUCGGCUUUGGCCGCACGACGGCGACUGCCCUUGCCGUCUUCACCCUGAUCCUCCUAUCGGUUUCAUCGAUCUUCUAUGUGAGCGGUAUCCCUGUGUUGAUGGAGCUUGGAGCAGAAGGCCUCUUCACGUUCCUCCUCUUUGCCACCUACUUCGGCCAUCUGAAGCCCUACCUGCAGUCAGGAGACAUGGGGCAUUUCCUCAACAUUCUAAAGAAUGUCUCCCUGGCUGGGGCCUGCCUGAUGACAAUGGGCGUCGUGAUUCCUCAGAUUGGGCCAUCUUGA